AUGGCACCCAAGAAUGACGAAUCAACUAAGAAAACAAAGAAUAAAGGAGCAUGGAACCCUGAGGAAGAUCAGAAGCUAGUCCAAUGCAUUGAAAUUCACGGCGCAAAGAGGUGGAAAACUGUUGCAGCCAAAUCAGGUCUAAAUAGAUGUGGAAAAAGUUGCAGGCUGAGAUGGUUAAACUAUCUGAGACCCAAUAUCAAGAGGGGCAACAUAUCCGAUGAAGAAGAGGAUUUGAUUAUUAGGCUUCAUAGACUGCUGGGAAACAGGUGGUCUUUAAUAGCUAAGAGGCUUCCAGGACGAACAGACAAUGAAAUUAAGAACUAUUGGAAUUCUUGUUUGAGCAAAAAAGUUAAUCACAAAGAGGAAAAACCAGAAACUUCAACGUUAGAAGAGACACAUAUGACUCAGAAUACUGGGGAAAGAGCAGUGGUAGAGAAUCAUGAGGCCAUUGAUAGAAGUGGGUACUCAGAAAUUGACUUUGAUGUGAACGAAUUCUUCGACUUCUCAGCUGAAGGACCCUAUGCGUUCGAUUGGGUGAACAAGUAUCUAGAACUUGAUUGA